UCGACAACAUUAGUCUCUGUCCACUCAACCCAUAAAAACAACACCAAAACAUUUUCACAAAACACCAAACCUUUCUUCAAUUAUUUCAACUUUAUUCAUAUUCGACCAAACAGUUACACAUCGUUCUCUCCUUCUUUGUUUCACACUUGUAACAUACUAACAUGUCUCUCUUGUUGUGUUUUCUACAUCACAUAACUUAAAUAUCUUCAUAUCCCUUUCUCUGUCUCAAAACAAACACAAGCCUUCAACUUCAAUGGCUGAAACAACCAAAUAUGUUCCUUUAAAUGUUUCUGGAAACUUAAACUCAGACAUAAAAAGCUUCUUCUCUUUUCUCAAAACCAGAAAAAGAAUCACUUUUGCUUAUGCUUUUACUCUUGCCUUUGUUUCUUUCACUCUUUUCUUAGCCUUUUCUCCUUCUUCAAAUGCUUCAUCUCCUUGGUUCAAUAACUCAUUCACCACAAAAACUUCAACUUCUGAUUCUUACAAAUCUCAUAUUUCUUCCAUUUUCUCAUUCUUUUUCCACAAUAACACUUCUUCUUCAUCAUCUGCACCUUCAUCUUCAUCUUCCCCUUUUAGCAACACUUCUAGAUCUAGCAAUAACACUUCUCAAUCUUCUAAUUCAACUACAAAAACAUUUAAAGCAAUCACUUUUGGAAACAAAACUCAAAACCCUCAAAAUCCAUUUAAAGAUUCUGUUCCAACCACCAACCAAACCUCUAAUCAGAAUUUGAGUUCUUUACUGAAGGAUGAGAUUCAUAUGAUGGAGUCUUUGAGAAAGUGUGAUUUUUUUGAUGGAGAAUGGGUUAAGGAUGAAUCUUAUCCUCUAUAUGAACCUGGUUCUUGCAAUUUGGUUGAUGAACAGUUCAAUUGUAUACACAAUGGAAGACCUGAUAAAGAUUAUCAGAAAUAUAAGUGGAAACCUAAAGGGUGUAGUCUACCAAGGUUGGAUGGAAAGAGAAUGCUGGAUUUGUUGAGAGGCAAGAGACUUGUUUUUGUUGGUGAUUCCAUCAAUAGGAACAUGUGGGAAUCUCUUAUUUGCAUCCUCAGAAAUUCAGUGAAAGACAAAAGUAAAGUUUUUGAAGCAAAUGGAAGAGUCCAUUUUAGAGGAGAAGCCUCUUACUCAUUCAUAUUCAAAGAUUACAACUUCUCGAUCGAGUUUUUUGUUUUGCCGUUCUUAGUUCAAGAGUGGGAAGUUCUGGUCAAGAAUGGAACAAAGAAGGAAACUCUUCGCCUCGAUUUGGUCGGUAGAUCAUCGGAUCAAUAUAAAGAUGCAGAUAUAAUCAUCUUCAACACUGGCCACUGGUGGACUCACGAUAAAACUUCUAAAGGGAAGGACUAUUACCAAGAAGGUAGUCAUAUCUAUAAUGAAUUGAAUGUUUUGGAGGCAUUCAGAAAGGCUAUAACAACAUGGAGCAGAUGGGUUGAUGCCAACAUAAAUACAUCCAAGUCUAUGGUCUUCUUUAGAGGCUAUUCUUCUUCACAUUUUAGUGGGGGGCAAUGGAAUUCAGGUGGACAAUGCGACAGCGAAAUCGUUCCUAUACAAAACAAAAAAUACUUGAGAGAAUACCCUCCUAAGAUGAGAGUUUUGGAAAAGGUACUGAAGAAUAUGAAGAAUCAUGUCACCUACUUGAAUGUCACUACAAUGACUGAUUUCCGGAAGGAUGGCCAUCCCUCUGUCUACAGAAAGCAAAACUUAUCACCGGAAGAAAGGAAAUCGCCGUUGAUGUACCAAGAUUGCAGUCAUUGGUGCCUUCCUGGUGUUCCUGAUACAUGGAAUGAGAUUUUGUAUGUGGAGCUUCUAUUGAAAAAUUAUCAGAAUCAACAUCAACAAAAAAAACCAUAGGUAAAUAAACUACCAAAGAAACCUACCAUUUUUGUCCAUUUAAUAUUGAAGAUAGGGAAUGAAACAAACCAUAUAGAAAAAGGCUACUUUUUUUCCAAGUUUUGUAAAGGUUCAAUAAGUUUAUGUUAUUAAUUCAAAGAUAUAGAGGAGUUCUUUUAUUUGAAACUGGUAAAUCAAUUUGUUCAAAUAGAUCGUAACAAGUUGAUUAGGAGAAGAUAGAAUAGAAAGGGUGGUUUAGAUUGUUAUUGUAAACCUCACCUUCCCUUUCAACAUAAUUUUAUUUCACAAGGCUGAGUCUUGUUGUAGUUUUUGUUUAAUGUAAACCAAUUUAUUCAGACAAACUGAGCCUGUAGUGAAGUGAAGGUUACUUUCAAUAGUGAAGUGAAGGUUACUUUCAAUAAUUUA